AUGCUUCGAAGCUUUGGUGUCGUUCGAGUCAGUGCGAUCCCCCAAUACCCAGCCGAAAAUGACAUGGAAGAGGGGCAAGUCACGGCUAAGCACAAGCUAGAGCAGGCCAUCUUCUUCGGUACCAUGGCAAGAAACCCGCUGAAUUUGAUUGACGAUAGUGGGCUGGACUUCCCUGCAUGUGAUAUCGAGCAAGCCUCGCUGGAGAUUUGCAGGGAGCUUCUUCGUUCGGAAUCACGAUUUAUCCCUAGCACAGCAAUCUCCGUUGAACAGAAUUUACGGCUUCGGGCAAAGGCGCUGAACGACCUUGCAUCACUGCUAUCGCGAAAAAGCAAUCCUUUGAGUCGCUCGGCCAGAUGGGAAUUGCUUUGGGGGGCGGAGAAGUUGUCUGCGCAAAGGGCCAUGUGGAAGCUGGAGGAGCUACACGGGGCCAGCAACGAGAACCUUCUCCUUGGUCAUGUCAUCGAGUCUAUGAACGACAAAUUCAAAACUCGCUCUGAACCAGUGCAAGACGAGAUCGAUCCUGUACGACAGUGGUUUUUGAGGGACACCUAUCAAAUGGAACACAUCAUUCCAUGGAUCAAAAGUGCCCUCAAGCACCGCAGGGGAAAUUCGUCUAAACAAGCGCGGAAGCUGUCGGAGCAGAUACUGGAGGCCAGUGAAGUUUUUUUUGCCAUAAUAGAAACGGCGUUCCGUUAUCGUGAUGAGCACGCCGCGCUGUACGGACUGAGUGAUGAUUUUGUCGAGGACGGUGUUCUCGCCGACGGUUACGAGGGUCUUCCUGAGUUCUGGACUUCCCGGGAAAUGGGGUACACCGAGGCGGGGCAUUUGCUUGACUUGGAGCUCGACAGCUGUCGAGCUUGGAGCCAACAAAAGACAUCGACCGCAGAUGCCCCGGAGGCUCGGGUUCUGAAGAAAAUUGCGGACAACAGCGCACGGCAUCUUCGAGUCCUCGGCCAGAUGCACCGCGAGCGUACACGCUGGCUCGGUGCGCAGGAUGAUCCAAAACUUGCAGACGCAAGUGUCUCAAUCGAGCUGACCCACGUCAGGGAGCGCAAAUGGCAACUAUUCAAGUUGGCAGGAAUUGGACAUCUUCAAGAUGCCCUUAGCCUGGCCGAGCGGUUCCGAGAUAUGGGAGCUCUGGUCGAGCUCAUCAUUGAACUUCAAGAUGAAGUGAAGACCCUGCCAGUCAAAGACGCUCUCGGGGCGGGUGCGAGUGCCGCGGCAGACAGCGAGGCGGAUGUGGUUCACCGGAUCUCCCAGUACUUUGACAAGUUUGGCGAGCCCUGGGCGGACGCGUACUUCGCACGACAGAUUUCCAUGGGCCACCCGGGCGCAUUGCUUUCCAUGCGGAAAUAUCAAUCUUCGGUGACUCGAUUCCUUCGGAAAGCGCCAGCAUAUUCAAAGCUUAGCUGGAUUAAUGAUGUGGCGGGCGAAGAUGACUACAAGAGCGCUGCGUCAUGCUUGGAGAAGCUCGCCCUCGGCAGUGAGAAGGAGCUGUGGAAUCAUCGCGUCGAAAUUUCAUUAGCAAAACUGGGCAAGCUAGCCUCAUUUGAGAAAUCCUCUAAGAGCUCAAACUCCGCCUUGCAGGAGGACAUCAAACGCCUCGAUGAUUACAGCGAGAUUGAUGAAAUCCAAGACACACUCUAUUCGUAUAUCAAACCUGUUCUCGAGGGCGCGAUUGAUCGCAAGGCCGAGGCAGAGCUCGCCCUGGAUUACUUUGGAGGACACAUCAUUCACGAUCGUCCAUCUCUUCAUGAAAUCCUAGGCGAUGCUCUUUCUACCCUGGUCAAUAGAAAAGUCAUCGGUGCCGAUGGGUCAAUUGACCUGCUGACGCUGAUGGGUCCUCUUCAACCUUCCGACGACUGGGACAGUGAGUUCCGAGGGCGGGAGUUCUUCCAAGCUCUGCGAGUACUUGAUCAUAGUCGCUAUGCUCAGCAAGAUCCUGCAUAUGUUUCGGCACUGCGAAAACUGAUCUGGCGGCGAUGCCUGAUCAAAGACAACUGGGCAGCUCGCGGGAAAGCAGCGGAGGAAUCAAAUGGGGACUCGGACUUUGCGGCUCGUGACACGGCUCUCGGACUUACACUUACAUUCUGCCUAGUCGAGCAAUCCACGACCAACAUCCAGUCAAUCUACAUGCCUCUCUCCCCGGCCGAGACUGUCAUGGCUGGUUCUGAAACCGACCUUCUUCUGUCACGCUUUCGUCCCGAACAAAAGGCUCGACUGGCCGCCGACCUCAUGCGAGAAAAUGAACUUCUGCACGAAUACAUCGAGAUUGGGAAACUUGAUUUCUGGUUUCAGGAUCUCCUAGCUUCCACACAAUCUCAGGCAUCCGGGCCGAUUCCUAGCUCCGGGGACGGCCUGGCCGAAGCCUGA